GUUGAAGGUUUGCGAAUUGUCAAAUCUUUCCAUAUUCACAGCUUUCGACGAGUCUUAACCAACAAAAUUUCACGCACCAAGCUCUCGAAGCCUCUGAAGCGCUGUGAAUACCAAGUUUCAACAAGCGAUAAAGAACUCCCAGAGCGAUCUCGCACGAUCGACGACGCGACGCCAUGUCGGAAAGGGAUUCCCCAAUUGGCGAGCACGCCAAUGAGCCUGUCAACGACGGCCAAGAACAAGAAUAUGAAGAUGCUGUCGCCGCCGCUGAUUCUGAUCGCGACUCGGAUGCGCUGUCCGAGGUAGACGAGGAUCAGUUCGAGGAUUACGACCCCGAAACGGCCAACAUCGAGGACCGCCCCGUCGACAUUGACGAAGAUGUUGCUCGCACAUUGAAAGCUACAAAGCGAAAGCGCGCAGAUGGAGAGGCCCCGAAGAAGCCACGCGAAGGCCGCCGAGAUAAGAAGCGCCGAGAUCGAGAUGAAGAUGUUGAUAUGGAUAAUGCAGAGGAUGGGGGCAAAAAGUCACGACGUUCAAGACGCGCUGCUGGUGAUGGAGAGCGACGUCAACGUUCUAAGCCUGCUAGUCCAGAGCCAGAGAAGGAGGAGAACUUGACACCGGCGGAGCGAAAGCAGCGAGAGCUCGACCGAAUGAUAGAUGCGGCAAUCAAGAAGCCAAGCGGUCUCAAGCGCAGGAAGAAGGAUGAGAUUGAUCUUGAGGACGAGAUUGAUGACCUUCUAGCGGAUCUCAAGGUACAGAUGGAGCAGGCUUGUCAGGCUGAUAACCAAGCUCGCGAGGCCGGCCAACCAGCUUUGCACAAGCUGAAGCUUCUCCCCGAGGUCACCGCUAUCUUGAACCGAAACAACGUCCAACAUGCCGUUCUGGAUCCCGAUACGAACUUUUUGCAGCACGUUAAGUUCUUCUUGGAGCCUCUGAACGACGGCUCUCUUCCAGCGUACAACAUUCAACGUGACAUUUUCAACGCUCUCGCCAAGAUGAACAUCGAGAAAGAGGCACUCCUCAGCAGCGGUAUCGGAAGAGUGGUGGUGUUCUAUACUCGUAGCAAGAAGCCCGAACCCAGUAUCAAGAGAAUUGCUACACGACUCCUGGGAGAAUGGAGUCGACCUAUCCUGAAACGAACCGACGAUUACAAGAAGCGCCAGAUCGAGACCCGUGACUACGAUUAUGAAUCUGCCAAGAUGGCACAACGCCAGAAGACCAGCUCUCAAUUCAGUCUUUCCCAGCGUCCUGCCGUCAACGCCAAGGAUGCUGAGCGCGAACGUCUACUGGCCCCAUCGCGAGGUAACAACUCGGCGCGUAUGGUCAACUUGCCUUCGAGCUACACUGUUGCUCCCCAGAGCACCUUCAUGGGCUCGCAAAACUCCAGCCAUCGUCCCCUUGGUGCUGGUGGUAUGGAGGCUUUCCGCAAGAUGGCUCAGAAGAGCAAGAAGCGGGCUAACUAAGGCUAAAAUUCACGGUUGGAUUCUCUUCGGAGCUUCUUGGAACGUACUAUAUUCAGGCGAGCAUGACGGUUGCAAGCUAUUAGUUGAGACAGAAGAUGGUUGACGCACGCGGGUUCUGGGUUUGGCGUUCUCGGCGUUCACAUAAUAGGCUAUUAAACACAUCAAAAUCGGAGCUCUCAUGGUGGGCUAACGCGAACUACUUUUUCCAUAUCAUCCUUGUUUGUGACUCUGAUACUUGUGAUGUGAAACGUGGUCGUCCCGUGCUCUU